CACUCCUACUUAUUUGGGGGGGACACACACUUCUAAUGCGGUUUUGUGGCAAAUGGGGGGAUAUGUGCUCCACUCCGACGGCUGGUGUCUGUAAUGUCGGGAAUGAACUGAGUUUUGGGCGUGUUGUGAGUGCACACAGGCCUGGUAUUGACCACCGAUAAGCAACUGAACUUUUCCGAGACCCAAAGUUGUCAGGCAGCGCAUCUUGCACGCAUGCGCAUCAUCCAAUCCAGCUCUAAAUAAGAGUUAAAACAGAAACGAGGUUGGUGAUAUCAGGAGUGGGAAUGACUGAGACGCCACCCAGUGAUGGCCCCUCCCAGGGAGCUGACUUUGACAUGAUGGGUGCUCUGGACUGGAAGGAUGGUAUUGCCACACUACCAGGCAGUGAUAUCAGGUUUCGCAUGACGGAGUUUGGGACCCUUGAGAUUGUCACAGACGGAGAAGUCAAAGGCCAGGAGGCGGACCCUAAAUGUAAGACCUUGGACCCAGCUCCGUCUCACACGCCCACCCCUCCACCAGAGGGCCAAUCACAGACCAGCACAGCCAAAGCUCCGGCCAAUCAGAGUAAGCCAGGACCGUCUCAAGCUAAAGCGGCUGGUCCUGUGAUUUUGUCUUUAGAGGACGGCCCCAGCAUGGAGGGUCCCAGCGUGGAGGUCGGCCCCAGUGUUGAAGUUGGCUCCAGUGCGAACGCGGGGCCGAACGGGGAGCUGUCGAGAUGCAGGGCCUGUGGCGCCCGUUUUUCUGGGGACGGCAAAUUCUGUGCCACUUGUGCUCAGCCCUCGAGUGGCAGAUCAUCUCCAGGGGAAGCACGGGAGACUCAGGGGGUGGAAGGCGAGAGGCUCGGCAAACGUGUGCGCAAAAAGAGAAAGAUCUACAUGGAUUCUGGCGACGAGGAGGAAGACAACCAGGAAGAACCAGAGGAAAAAGCCAAGACGACCAAAGGCAGGAGAGGAGCCAAAAUUGCUAAACUGGUGGCCGCCCAACCCAGUAAGAAGCGAGCCUGGAGUUGGCCCGCCUACCUUGAAGAGGAGAGGGCCAUUGCCGCUCCAGUCAAACUAUUCAAAGAGCAUCAGUCAUUUCCUCAAAGCAGGAACAGCUUUAAGGUGGGAAUGAAGCUGGAGGGGCUCGACCCAUCUCACCCGUCUCUGUUCUGUGUGCUCACUGUUGCAGAGAUCCAAGGCUACAGGGUAAGACUGCAUUUUGAUGGCUACCCAGAAUGCUACGACUUCUGGGCCAACGCCGACUCGUGGGACCUGAAACCAGCCGGAUGGUGUGAGAAGAACGGACACAAGUUAUUGUUGCCUAAAGGUUGUAAGGAUGGAGAGUUUAGUUGGAGCAUGUAUGUGAAGAACUGCAGGGGUCAACUGGCUCCAAAACACCUUUUCAAGAGCCUCAACACAUCCGUAACUCCAUCCGGAUUUAGAGCAGGGAUGAAACUGGAGGCGGUCGACAGGAAGAACCCUUUGUUGAUCUGUGUAGCAACAAUCGCUGCCGUUGUCGACAACCGCCUGCUCAUUCAUUUUGACAACUGGGAUGACACAUAUGAUUAUUGGUGUGAUGCUAGCAGUCCAUACAUCCACCCUGUGGGUUACUGUAAAGAGGCUAACCUAACUCUGACCACUCCAGCUGGUAAGACACAGACCACCACAUCCGUGGAAUAUAAAGAACCCAAGAGUUUCUCAUGGGAGAAGUACCUGGAACAGACGGGGACACAGGCUGCUCCUGCACGAGCCUUCAAACCGCGACCUCCGCAUGGUUUCCAGAUCGGCAUGAAGGUGGAAGCUGUGGAUAGGAGGAACCCUAUGCUCAUUCGUGUUGCCACUAUAGUGGACACAGAGGACCACAGGCUGAAGAUUCACUUUGAUGGCUGGAGCUCAGAGUACGACUACUGGGUGGACACCGACUGUCCAGACCUGCACCCUGUGGGGUGGUGUCAGAAAACUGGACACCCACUACAGUACCCUAACAGCUCCAGUGAUUUAUUGACGGCCCCGGGACAAGGAUGUCCUACGCCAGGAUGCAACGGGGUGGGGCACAUCAGGGGACCUCGCCAUGGGACACACUACAGUCAGGUGAGCUGCCCCUACUCGGAGAUGAAUCUGAACAAGGAGGGUUUGCUGCCGGACCGCCUCAGCGGAGAGCGACCCCUCGCCCUCAGCGGACCUCACCCUCGCGGCCGACGCCCCGACCCUCACGCCAACGUCGUGACGCAGGCCUCGACGCCGGAGCCGCCUGAGGGAGCCGAGGACGCCCAGAACAGGAAACCGGUGACAGUGGAGGCUGAGCGAUCGGGACGCAACAGCCAGUCGGAGCCAGUUGGGGGAGCCAGCGAGCAAAGCCACAACGGAACAAGGCCGAAGCGGACGGCUCCAGUCCCCAAGUACCUGAAAAUGCACUAUGUCAAAGAGGAGAUAGGUGAUGGUAAAGCCUCUCCAGAUGCCAUCUCUCUCCAGCAGGCCCUCCACGAGUCUGUGUUCUCCCCCGGCCUCUCCGCCUCUCCUCCCCACCGGGUGGCUCUUUGCUGGGACAAACACUGCCAGCUGCUGCCCGAGGUCCUGGGGCUCACUGCCAAGAGAGUGGCCGCUUGGAGCGCAGAGGAGGUGGCCAGUUUUGUCAAAGGACUCCCAGGAUGUAAAGAACACGCUGCUACAUUUAAAACAGAGCAAAUAGACGGCGAGGCCUUCCUGCUACUCACCCAAGCGGACAUCGUCAAGAUCCUGUCAAUCAAGUUGGGGCCCGCUUUGAAGAUCUACAACUCCAUCCUUAUGUUGAAGAACGCCGACGAGGAGUAGGACCCUCCGCUCCACGAGGGGUCGUUCCUUCCUCGAGGUUCCUCAGCUCCGGAUUCAUUUUUAGACACUUGACUAAAAACAUUUGAUAAAAAAAAAGAAAGAAAGCAAGAACAAGUUUCAUUUGUCGAGCUCUGCUCUGCAACGGUGCAGCUACACGAGAGAAACGAGUGGAAGCCAUCAUCUCAAAAAACAUCCAUCUCCUCCUCCCUCCUCCCUCCUCCUCCUCUCUCUAUGAUGGACACGUCGACCUGAUGGGAGAGUUCACACAACACCACGAGGUUUCCUUAACUUAUAUCAUGUUUGUUUACUGAAUGAUUAAAAAAGGAAAAAAAAAAAAAAAAAAAAACUACAGGCACCUUCGAGGCUUCCAUUGUAAAGUCUGUGAAUUGGAUUCGGUGUCGCGAUUCUGUUGCGUUUUUCAUUUUAUCCGAACUGUAACGAAAUGGUGCUUGAGCUCAGAGCUGACGGAACAACAAGUGUUUCUUUUUACGUGGGAACGGACUUUAAUUUUCGAACGAUGCAAAAUACAAUCUCGGGAGCCGUGGAAAGAUUUAAAAAUGUGAAGCCCGGUGGAGCAGGAGAAGCGCUGUGUCGUUCAGCUUCUCUCCUGUAGGUGGAGGAAGUGGGCCGCUCCACAGGCCCAAAGGGCAUGAGCGUCUGGUUAGUUUAGGGUUGGCUGGAGCUCGGCUCGAAUGGGGGGAUGGUUUAAACUCUGUGUGUGUGUUUGUGUGUUUGUGUGUGUGUGCGAGUGUGAUUAAGUGUGUUUGGGACAUGAGGAUGUCAUUUCCUACCAUCUCGCGUGUGUUGGUUUUCUGGUUAGAGGAUUGUUCUGUGACAAGCGGGACUAAGGGCUAAUUGUUAAAUCAAGGAAACGUGCAGCCUUUUAAGGUGGAACAGGACAAUGAACCAGCUCUGCUCUCGUUAUGAAUGUUAAACUAAAGCUUUCAGUUGUUCUGUUGUUACUAAUCACCUUGCCCAUGGUUCAAAUAACCUCUGUCAUUCUCAAUGUAAAUAGUAUACAGCUAUAAAAGGAUUGUCUCGCUCCCUGCCAGAGUUUACUGCUGCUUGGUUAUGCAAAGGCUUGACAUCUGUCUGCAGGGGAAGAGGUUGUGGCAGUGAACUGAAAAAAAAAAAGAGAGAGAGAGAGCCUCAAUUCAUAGAGUUUGAGAAAGAAAUAACAACAUUGUCAGUGUAUCUGUGCGUGUACAUCAGCAAGUUGGAAUGUGUACAUCAGCAACUGUUUAUAUGCAAACAGCUUUUAUUUAUGUAUUAAGUAAUUUAAUGGGUAACGGUACUAUGCUGUUCUGGCUCCGAGGUAGCUGUGGCUGUUUGACGGAGUGUGUGAAUGGGUGAAAAUAAAUGAGAUGCACACGG